AUGCUGAAAAAGAAGGUUAAUUUUAUAUCUCGCAAUGAUGAAAACGAGGAUAUUGAACCUAUCGUUUUCCACGUUCCAGCGGUGUACAGCGAUAAAGUCAAGAUUCACGAUUGGCAGGUAAAGAUGUUGUCCGAGCCCAGAGACAAUGCGAAUAUAUUUCCACCGAAGGGAAAUCUUCACAAAUCCUCCUAUCGAAGACUUGGUCCGGAAGAUGAAGGCACUGGGAUUUCGGAGACACAUGCCAUGUUGUCGCAAAUCGAGAUGAGAGACGAGUACAAGCCGAUUACUUAUCCGCGACGCAGUUUACUUACAAUGCAAUCGCUGGCUUCGGCAAAACAGGAUUACGAGGAAAAGGAAUUAAAAUUAACAGACAUUCUGCUGGAUCCCAUAGCGAUUUGUCAAAUAGAUUAUCACACUAGUAUGAACAGAGAUUAUCGUUCGCCUUAUCCUCUGAAAACGAAGCCACCAUCUUCGCCACCGCCACCGGAACCGUGGCUGUUAAAUCGACGUACCAUCGGUUAUAGUCCUCAAGAUUUGGAGAAUCGUUGCGGAUACCACACAUUUUUAGACGACGACAUGAAUCUUCAUCAGAGAAUAGCAGAAUUAAAAAGGAGCAGGGGCAAAUUAUACAAGACUCGAAAUUGCCGUUCGAUCAUCAACAAUUUGUCGAAUGAUCCUGUGAGAUUUCUCCAAUUCUUGUCAUCGUUUUGCGGCAUCAAUAUGACGAAGGACAAAGAGACGAUGGUUCAGAAAGGUCUAUCGGAAUGGUGGAGCGAAGAGACAGAGUACGUGCUCCAAAGGAUCGAGAGAUGGACAACCUUUGUACGUGGUUACAAUCGUCUUCGAUCGCAGAGGUGGUCCAAGGGAACGCCGCGAGACACCUCGAACGCUUCUUUUGAUGAAGCCACGCCGCAAUUUUACAGUCUCAAAUGGUACAGAUGGAAAUCACGUCCGGAGGAAAUUAAGAUUAAUUGCUGCGGCGGAACGUUUAACUAUCAGUCGAACAACGAGCUAGAGAGCAAUUGUCUGGAAACUUAUCGGUACGAUCACAGUAUCUACUUCAAAACUAUCGGUGACAUUAGAAGCGACAAAAGGAAUGUCAUCAGGGAUCUAGAUCAGGAUAGAGUAUCUAUUAGCAGCGAGGAGAUGGUGGAGUGGGAUGCCAGCUCGCUCGUUGAUCUGAUGAUUGCUAACAAACCGAUCUCUGAAGAAACUUGUAACAAUAAUUGUCCGGAUGAGCCGAGUGUUUCGGACACCGUUGCUGAACAGGAAAAGAAUGGAGCGAUGCAAAACGCCUGGCCAAUCAUAGAUCUGUCGAAACUCAAUCUAAAUUUGAUGGACAAUCGAAAAAGAGACAAACAGCUUCCUUAUCUGGUUGAUCGAGACGAGAAACAGCACGAAAAUAACAACAUGAAUAAUCCGGAUAAAGCGGAUAAGGAGGAUUGGAAGAAUGAGUCGAAAAAUUACGAGAGGAUGAAAAAAUUUCCGUCGUUUCGAAAAACUGAACGAUCAUCCGCGCGAAAAUCACCAAUCAUCGGUGAAAGCAAUGUUGUCUGGCCGGGAGUCCUUUUGAAUUACAAUAACAACUUUGACGUCGCCGGCAUGUCUGCAAGAUUAAAGUAAAAAUUAAAGUAAAACACAUCGAGCGUAGAAAAAUACGUAAGUAUAAGUGUUAAUGCUUAAGUAUUUGAUCGAUGAAUCGUCGAAUUGUAUAAAAUAUAUAAUAUGGCGAACUUAAUUAUUCUAUGUAUUUUAUUAAUAGAAAGGCUUUCUUUCUGCAUCAAUUUGCGUGUGAUUCGUGCGCACAAAACUCUGCGUCGAACAAUGCUUUCAUUCUGAAGUUUUCUUUUUUUCUUUCUCGCUCUUCCAAUAUAUAUUGUUACGUGCUUUCAUUUGUCUUCUCAUUUUAACGCGAUUAAAUGAUCAUAUGAUAAAUAUGAGUAAUGAAAGAGCAAUGUAAGAACAAAGAAAGACAAAGAAAAUAACACUUUAAAGAAUAACUGUUUGACAAAAUGAAUAAAAUUACAUUACAGCUCUUUUUGUAGUAAAUAUUAGAUCUGAAUUGCAAGGGGGAGAAGGGAUAUUUUUCGCCUUUAUUUUGGGUAAAGAUUUUUUUUAUUAUAAGCAGAUGUUGCAGUAAUUAUAUUUGUUUUUCAUUUACAAGAAUAUCCAUGUUGCAAAUUAUUAAAAUGGAUGCGAAAUUAUAUAAUAGCACUAAAAACAAAUGCAUGUAAUGUCUUGAUGAAAAGAAUUGUAUACAAGAUCAAAUAUAGAUAUAUAUAUUUUAUUUUAUGAAAAAUAUAUAUGCAUUUUUA